AUGCCGCGCCAAACGGCAGAAGCAAAGGAUAAAGCUCGAGGAGGCGAUGUCGAACUAGGUAGUGGGGCCGGCGAAUUGAAGGACGGGAAUUUGGUUGUUUUGGCCGGCGCCGGAGAAGUUGCCGGCACCGGUGGUGCAGCGGCAGCAACAGUGGUUGGUAAUGGGGAUAGGGACAAGGGGGUGGUAGUGGAAAAGCUACCGGAACCAACACUACUAGAGAUGCUGAUAGAUUGUUUUUGCGGUGGUGAUGAUGGUGGCGGUGAUGAUGGUGGUGAUGGUGGUGGUGGUGAUUGUUGUUGUGGAGGUGGUGGUGGUGGUGAUAGUGAUGGCGGAGGUAGUGGUCGAUGUGGAGGUGGUUGCGGCUAG